AUUUAACUUUGGACGUGAGCAUUAUUUAUUUUGCACACUACCAAUCAUAUAAGGAGUCUCCAACUCCCCAUAAUUAUACUACACAUAUAUAUAUACCUCACCUUACACUACACUUAGCCAUCCAAUUCUAAGCUCAAUAUUCCAUUUUCUGAGCUCUAGCAAAAUCACUUUCCCUUUCUUUAGCUCUCCCUCUCCAAUUUGUAAGUCCAUGGCAUCGAAAAUCGAAAUCGAACCACAUGUCAUAGUUAUCCCUUUAAUGUCACAAAGCCAUCUAAUUCCCAUGAUAGACCUAUCUAAGCUCUUAGCUCAAAGAGGCCUUAUUGUUACCAUAAUCACUACACCACGUAACGCCCUUCGUUACCAAGCUACCAUCGAUCGAGCCAUAAGCUCCGGCCUUUGCAUCCAACUCGUGCCACUUCCUUUUCCGUGCAACAAGGCCGGACUACCGGAAGGAUGUGAGAACCUUGAUAGUCUCCCUUCUCCUAAUUUGCAAACAAAGUUUCUUGUAGCAAGUUCUUUAUUACAAGCACCACUUGAAAAUUACCUUGAAAGAAUGAAUCCAAAACCUAGUUGUAUAAUUUCUAGUCUUCCUUGGACAAGUGAUGUAGCACAUAAAUUUAAUGUUCCUAGGUUUGCUUACCAAAGUAUUUCUUGCUUCACUCUCUUGUGUUCUCACAAUAUGAUGCUUCAUAAUGUGCAUGAAAAUACAAAACAUGAUAAUGAACCGUUUUUGGUGCCAGAUGUCCCGGAUAAAAUAAAGUUCACUUAUGCUCAAUUGCCUAAGAUGAUGAGGAGGUGUAGUCCACAAAUUGAUGAUGGUGUUGACAUGAAAGACAUUCGCGAUCAAUUUACGCAAGCUUGUUCAUCCGCGGAAGGGUUGUUGGUGAACACAUUUGAAGAGCUUGAGUUUGAGUAUGUGAAGUCAUAUGAAAAGGCGGUGAUGAGGAAUGUCUUUUGUGUUGGCCCUCUUUCUCUUUGCAACAAAAUGGAUGAAAACAAUGGGAAAACGGCCACAGUCGACGAACAUUAUUGCUUAAGAUGGCUUGACUCCAUGAAAUCAAAUUCAGUUAUAUACGUUUGUUUUGGCAGCCUAUGUCAUUUACGGCCUAAGCAAUUGAUUGAGCUUGGCAAGGGCUUAGAAGCAUCAAAUUGUCCAUUCAUUUGGAUAAUUAGAGAUGUUGAUUACAAUGAAGAAAUAGUGAAGUGGAUAAUGAAUGAGAACUUUGAACAUAGGGUUAAAGGAAAAGGACUAAUAAUCAAAGGGUGGGCGCCUCAAGUGUUGAUAUUAUCCCAUCCUGCAACUGGAGGGUUUUUAACACAUUGUGGAUGGAACUCGACAUUAGAAGGGGUAAGUGCGGGUGUGCCUAUGAUUACUUGGCCAAUGUUUGCUGAACAAUUUUAUAAUGAGAAGUUAAUUGUUCAAGUGCUUAAAAUUGGGGUUAGAAUAGGGGUUGAGGUCACCAUGCAAUGGGGAGAGGAGCAAAAUGAUGGGGUUUAUGUAAUGAGAGAUAGUGUGAAAAAUGCAAUAAACCAACUUAUGGAUGAAGGGGAGAAAGGACAAGAUAUAAGAAAAAGAGCAAAAGAACUUGGGGAGAAAGCUAAAAAGGCAGUAGAAAAGGGUGGGUCUUCAUUUUUGAACGUUACUUCUUUUAUCCAACAUGUUAGGCAGUAAUGUGUAACGUGUUAGUGAUUAAGUCGAAAAUAGAUAAGCCAAGAAUGAAGAAAUUAGUUAUUCUCUCCGUUUCAUAUUAUUUGCAACUUUGAAAUAUUAUAUGUGAGAUAUUAAAUUUUUCAAAAUUGCAAAUAAUAUGAAACACAUAAUUGGGGUGGGUUGUUGAAGAAUAAUUAUUCUAUGUUAAUCCUUCAAUCUCUACAAUAAUAAUUAAGGGCGUCCCCUAGUAACUCUUAUUGAGAAACAAUUUCUGUUUCUCUAGUGGCAGUUCUGUAAUAUUUGUGCCUUGAAAAGUGUAAACUAAUAUUAAUUAUUGCUGACUGUGAUAAACACUAACUUUGCUGAUAUGGACUUUGGGAAGACGGAGUGAACUCCUAGGCAAAAUCUCCGUCAAUUUUUUCUAACUUUGACAUCCGUUGAAGUUAACGUUUGUUACUCCAAAGUUACUAUGGUCAGUAAAUCUCUCAAGUGUGUUCUUCCCAAUUUCGUGGUUCAGAGUUCAGAUUCGACCAGGAAGGAAAAAAAAAAAAAAGCCAGAAAUAGAAAAAAAAACACACAAUCGAGAAAGAGAAGAUGUUGUACAGCAGAAGGGGUUUGUAGGGUUCGUCAUCUAAGGGAAGGAGUACAAAUUUUCACUUGAAAAUAUUGUAGAUCCUGCGCUCGGCGUAUAUAUGAAGAAAUCAGUGCUGGUACGUUCAUGGAAAUUGAUAAUUUAUCAGAACAAAUUAUUGAGGAUAGUUGUGAAAAUGUAGAAGGAGAUUGCAAUGGUGGCCUAGAUGAAAUAGUAAUUGAGGAUAACUUAUGCACCUCUGGAGGACAAAGUUGUUUUGGGUUUGAGAUAGAAAAUGUGGAGGAGAAAGGUGAUGCUGACAUAGGUGAGACAGAAAUUGAGGGUUAUCGAUACUUUACUCCCAAGAAGACUGUGGAGACCACACAUACUGUUGUUGCAAACAAUCAGGUAACUGUUGUUACAGUUGUUGACCCUCCUAGAGAGGGUAUGGUGUUCAAAACUUGGCAAGCCGUUGAAGCAUAUUACAAGGAUUAUGCUGAGCAACAGGGAUUCGAAGUGACAAGGGUGCAGGGAGUUAACUCCAAGACUGAUAAAAAGAAGAGAAUUGCGACAACAUGGAGGUGCGAGUGUUGGGGGAGACCUGACAUGAGGGCAGGAAGGGAGGCGAAGAAGAGGGCAAAAGCCAUGGAAAUUGCUGGACCAGCAACAUCUGUUGGUGGGGAAGUAUGUGAUGAUGAAGUGCGUAAAGGGAAGAGGACUUCGAAGAAAUGUCUAUGCAAAGCUAAAGUAUACGUUAGUUUGAAUCGAGAUGGUGAUUGGGAAUUGAAGACAGUGGAGUUAGAGCAUUCUGGUCAUGAUCCAACUCCACGCAAGGCAAAGCUUGUGAAGGAGUAUCAUAUGAGGGAAUUGACGUCUAAUGUGAAGAGGAAGCUGUUUGGUUACUAUGAGGAAGGUGUUCCUAUCUCUCAGAUUCAUGGGUGUAUGGACGCGGAGUGUAAUGGGAAUUUGAAGCUGACUGUGAAAGACUUAGAACAUGAGGUUUAUAAAGCGAGGCGGUUGAAAAUGGUUGGCGGGGAUGCGGUGUCUAUGAUGGAUUAUUUUCAAAAACUGCAAUCUGGGAAUUCUAAUUUUUUUUUAUGUUCAACGCUUGGACAACGUUGGCCGGCUGAAGGAUGUCCUUUAGGUGGAUGCCCGGAGUAGGGUAGCCUAUGAGGACUUUGGUGACGUAGUAUGUUUUGAUGCAACGUACUUGACAAAUGAGUACGAAUUUUGUGGGGGUAAACCAUCAUGGGCAGUCCUUGUUGCUUGGAUGUGCAUUAGUGUCGCAUGAAGACUGUGACACAUUUUCAUGGAUUUUUCGGCAGUGGUUAUAUUGUAUGAACAAUCGUGCUCCCGAGGCCAUUCUAACAGACCAAGCAGCUGCCAUGCGGCGCCCUCUAGCUGAAAUAAUGCCACAUACUAGGCAUCGGUGGUGCAUUUGGCAUAUUUUGAGCAAGAUACCCGAUAAACUAGGCAAGCGAGCACGGUACCCUGAAUUUAAAAAUGUGAUCAAGAAGGUUGUAUAUGAGAGUUUUACCCCGCAAGAGUUCCACCGUCGUUGGGCUGAAAUGUUGUCUGAGUAUGAGCUUGAAGAUGAUGAUUGGCUGCUUAGUUUACACAAAGAGAGUCACAUGUGGGUUCCGGCCUACAUGAAAGAGUUUUUCUGGGCUGGUAUGAAAACCACCAAAGCAUCAACCGUUUCUUUGAUGGGUUUGUAAACAGGCAUACAAAGUUGCAUGAGUUCCCCGUGAAAUACUCAAGAGCGUUGAAGAAGCGGGUGCGUGAUGCUAGAUGUGGUAAGUAUUUGAGAAGGUUGGUUAGUGGUUUCAGAGUUGAGAAGUUGUUCUAGAAGAUUACACAGACAAUAAAUUUUAAGAGGUUCAGACAGAAUGUGCAAGGAUGGGUUAUAGUUACGUAUUAGAGACCAAGAAAAUUUCGGACACGUUGACUGAAUAUGUGCUUGAGGAUAGGGUGUGGAUCGUACCUGAAGGAUCAAGUAAAGAAGUAAUCACUGAUUAUCGGAGAUUAUAUUGUGUGAAGUUUUUUUUAUUGAUGUGAAGGACGUGAGCUGCGAUUGCCGUAAAUUUGAAACACAUGGCAUAUUAUGCAAGCAUUGCUGUAGACACCUAAAAAUGUCUCCCCAAAACCAAACCCGAUGAUAAAUAACCUUUCAUCGCCACUAUUGGUCGG